AUGACUAUUUUCAUCCAAUGUCCUAUGGCGGAACCACUGUGCGAUGGUGGAUUCGAGUUACGUGGAUUCGUACCGAACUCAGAGAAGGUAGUUAAAGAAUUAAGUGGUAGUACGGCAACGAAACAGAUCGCAGUCGGUGAGAGCACAGAGAAGGUUCUUGGGUUAUAUUGGGAGUCAGCAACUGAUAAUUUUAAAUUCAAUCUAAAGUUCCAUCGCAUUGAACAAAUAGUAAUCACAGGCGAAAGGAGUCCCACAAAAAGGGAACUUCUUAGUAUUAUUAUGUCAAUGUCCGACCCGUUGGGAUUUUUAAGUCACUUUACUGUUGCAGCCAAAUCUCUUAUGCGUGAAGUAUGGCGUCGUGUUGUCCGUUGGGAUGAGCCCAUCCCAGAUGAUGUGAAUAUAAUAUGGGAAAGGUGGCGACAGCAGAUGCACAAAGUAGCGGGAUUUCGUAUUCCGCGAUUCUACUUCCCACAUGGUGCGCCUUCGGAUUUGGAGCUGCAUGUAUUAAAAAGAGCAGUAGCGUGGGUGCUUCAAUUCAUAAACCGCUGCCGUAAACGGGAGCUAAAAUAUCUGGAAUAUGGACUUACUGCUGUUGAACUGGAAGCCGCGGAGCACCUAUUAUGCCUACGCGUUCAAUCGGAAUCAUUUACUUCAGAACGCAACAGUAUCGAAAUUGGUAAAGCCAUUCCAAAUGACAGCGCAUUAAAGCAACUUUCGCCAUAUCUGGACGACAGGGGGCUACUUCGUGUACAAGGGCGCAUAGAUGCAGCUAGCUUCUUACCGUAUAACAUCAGAAAACCGAUCAUACUGCCGUAUGGACAUAUAUUUACGCAUCUGGUCGUUAAUUAUCACCAUUGCACAAUGAAGCACCAGAAUCACGAGGCGACUAUAAGCAAUAUACGUCAGAAAUACUGGAUUCCCCGAAUAAGGCAGAUGCUACGACGUGUAAUAGCCGGAUGUAAAUAUUGUCGAGUCAGGAAGAAAGAACCUCACGCGCCUAUGAUGGGUCCUCUACCUGAGGAUCGUUUGAAGCCCAAUGUACGACCAUUUAUGUAUACGCGACUGGACUAUUUUGGGCCUAUUUCGGUUACUAUCGGGCGGCGAACUGAAAAGCGUUGGGUCGCGUUGUUUACGUGCCUCAUCGUGCGCGCAAUCCACCUAGAAAUCGCCCACGACUUAUCAACGGAUUCCUGUAUAAUAGUUAUGCGCAACUUCAUGAAUCGGAGAGGGGUUCCAACACGUCUACGAUCUGACAAUGGGAAAAACUUCAUCGGAGCCAACGAAGAAGCGAAACGUUUUCCUGAUGUUUUUGACACUGAGCGAAUACAAAAUGAAUUUUCAACCAAGGGAGUUGAAUGGUUCUUCAACUGCCCCGCCAAUCCAUCUGAAGGAGGAAUUUGGGAAAGAAUGGUGCAGAGCGUUAAAAGGGUUCUUCGACAUUCAUUAAAAGAAAGAGCGCCACGUGAGCAUGUCUUACAACGCUUUCUGAUAGAAGCGGAAAACAUAGUAAAUUCACGUCCAUUGACGCAUCUGCCCAUCUCUCCCGACGAAGACGAACCAUUAACGCCGAGCUGCGGUUUCAUACGAAUGACCGAGAAAUUGACGGUCAGUUUUGAAAGGCUGUCUGACUUGAAGCCUUCCACAUGGUAA